GUACACGGAGAAUGUAUACGGAGGGACGAUGGACGAUGGUCGACGCUUUUUUUUUUAAUGGGAGGGGAGGAAGGAUAAGUGGAAGGAAUGAGGAGGAGGGGAGGGGAGGGGAGGAACGGAACGGGAUCAGGCACAGAGGGGUAUUUGUAGGAAUUCCGGUAUCUCUAUGGGUUUGGCUUGUGAGUGGUGGGUUGGUGGUGGCCAGCCAGUGGUCUGCCUCCUCCUCGUUCAGUUCCGGCGGGCAAGAGAUUGCGAGACGUCUGCGUUGCGUGCUCUGCUCUGCUCGACCGAACCUAAAGCAGGGCUGAGCUGGAUUGGAUACGCCGCCUCCUUCACGUUCACCACCAGAUUCACACGUGAAAGUGUCAAAGUGCGAAAGUGGGAGAGCGAGUGCCUAGACAACGACCGAGCGAGCAGAAAAAAAAGGCCUGGCCGGCCUGCAGUCUCUCUGGUGAGUACCAUAACAUAGAUAUAAGACGGCCUGUCCGACGUAGGGUAUGCCUAGUAUUCUAGCUGGUAACCAAGCAAGUGCUUAAGAAGUAUUUGUAGGUACAUAUGCCCAGUGUUGUAACAGCCCCAUCG